AUGGCAAUCGCCGCCACACCCGCGCUUGCCGAGCCGCAUCGCUAUGAGCUCGACCCGACCCACACCACGAUCGCCUUUCUGGUGGAUCACCUUGGCUAUGCGGAUACGCUUGGGGCGUUCCUCGAAUUCGAGGGGGGUUUUACCUAUGACAUGGACACCAGGGAACUUUCCAACGUCGAGAUCACGGUAAAGACCGCGAGCGUGGAAAGCUUCAAUGAAGCCAGGGACAACCAUGUGCGCAGCAAGGAUUUUCUGGACGUUGAAGCCUUUCCGGUGAUGACCUUCAGAGCCGACGGCGGUGCGCCUGCAAACGAGACGACCGGAACUGUUGAGGGCAAUCUGACAUUGCUUGGUCAAACACAUCCGCUGACGCUCGACGUCACGCUCAACAAGGCUGAAAAAUAUCCCUUCGGGCACGGAAGGUUCACGCUCGGGAUCAGCGCGCGCGGCACCGUUCAGCGCAGCGCCUACGGCAUGGCCUAUGCCGUCGACAACGGUUUUGUCGGCGACGAAGUCCAGCUGAUCAUCGAAACGGAGGCGAUGCGGAUCGAGGAGUGA